UCCUUUUUCCGGCCCAACUCACCAUAUAUAGCCUGCAAAGCAGUAUCCAAGGACUGAACAUUUAGCGAGAGUCCACUUUUCUUGUUCAAGAGGAAAGCAGAGAGAGUAGAGCUUCGUCGACCAUGGCUGCGCAAGAUCCGACUAACACCGCCAGCGGCAGCGGCAAGCAGGCCGAGCCCACCAAGCCGCCGCCCUCUAAGGGUUCCAAAAAGAAAGACGACAAGAAGGACGAAGAUUUGUCGGACGAGGAUUUAGCCCUGAAACAGCAACUGGAACUGUACGUUGAGAGAGUUCAGGAUGCUGAUCCUGGAUUGCAGAAAGUUGCGCUUGAAAGUAUGAGGCAGGAGAUUCGUACAUCAACGAGCUCCAUGACCUCAGUCCCAAAGCCAUUGAAGUAUCUACGGCCUCAUUAUGGAACUUUAAAAGCAUAUUAUGAAACAAUGGCUGAUUCGGAUUUGAAGAAAUAUCUUGCAGAUAUAUUAUCAGUUCUUGCCCUGACCAUGUCGGCCGAAGGAGAACGGGAAAGCCUGAAAUUUAGGCUGCUAGGUUCGGAUGGUGACAUCGGAUCUUGGGGGCACGAAUAUGUCAGGAACUUGGCAGGUGAGAUUGCUCAAGAGUAUGCCAAGCGACAGUUGCAGAGUGAUGAGACCCCCUUUGAUGAUCUAAUGGAUCUAGUACAACAAAUAGUUGCUUUUCACAUGAGGCACAAUGCAGAACCGGAAGCUGUCGACCUUUUAAUGGAGGUUGAAGACCUUGAUCUGUUAGUCGAGCAUGUUGAUAAGACAAAUUUUAAGAGGACUUGUCUCUACCUCACCAGUUCAGCAAGAUACCUUCCUGGACCAGAUGAUAUGUUAGUUUUGGAUAUUGCUUUCAUGAUAUAUCUAAAAUUUGAAGAAUAUCCAAAUGCGCUGCAGAUUGCCCUUUUCCUUGAUAAUAAGGAGUAUGUAAAGCAAGUGUUUACAUCUUGUGACGAUCUGUUGCGUAAAAAACAAUUCUGUUACAUCCUUGCCCGGCAUGGUUGUAAUUUUGAGCUUAAUGAUGAGAUGGUUGCAGAAGAUGAAGAAAGAGAAGCACUGCAGGACAUUAUCAACAAUGCUAAACUCAGUGAAGGUUAUCUUACCCUUGCUCGUGAUAUUGAGGUCAUGGAGGCGAAAACUCCAGAGGAUAUAUACAAGGCACACUUACUUGAUGGUCGGGCAAGUGCUGGUGCUAGUGUUGAUUCAGCCAGACAGAACUUAGCCGCUACUUUUGUCAAUGCAUUUGUCAAUGCCGGCUUUGGUCAGGAUAAGUUGAUGACAGUCCCAUCAGAUGCUUCCAGUGGUGGUGCAUCUGGAAACUGGCUUUUCAAGAAUAAGGAGCAUGGGAAGACCAGUGCUGCAGCAAGUCUGGGUACAAUUUUACUGUGGGAUGUUGAUUCCGGGCUUGCUCAAAUUGACAAGUACUUUCACAGCAAUGACAACCAUGUUAUUGCCGGUGCGUUGCUGGGGGUUGGAAUUGUCAACUGCAGUAUUAAAAACGAUUGUGAUCCAGCACUUGCACUUUUGGGCGAAUACAUUGAUAAAGAAGAUCCAUCUAUUCGAAUUGGUGCAAUAAUGGGUUUAGGGAUUGCAUAUGCUGGUGCUGAGAAUGAGCUGAUACGUAGUAAGCUGACUCCUAUACUCAAUGACGCAAAAGCUCCCCUUGAUGUUAUCACAUUCGCUGCAAUCUCCUUGGGGUUGAUAUAUGUUGGUUCUUGCAAUGAAGAAGUUGCUCAGGCAAUCAUUUUUGCACUGAUGGACCGAAGUGAUGCCGAGUUGGGGGAGCCCCUUGCUCGCCUAAUACCCCUCAGCUUAGGUCUUCUCUUCCUUGGGAAACAGGAAAGUGCUGAGGCUACUCUUGAAGUUUCAAAGACAUUUCAUGAAAAAAUCAGAAAACAUUGUGAUAUGACUCUGCUUUCUUGUGCUUAUGCGGGAACUGGAAAUGUUCUUAAGGUUCAAAACCUUCUCGGCCAUUGUUCACAACAUCUUGAGAAGGGUGAAACACAUCAGGGCCCUGCUGUGCUUGGUAUUGCAAUGAUAGCAAUGGCUGAAGAGCUGGGACUUGAGAUGGCUAUCCGCUCGUUAGAACACCUUUUACAGUAUGGGGAACAGAACAUCCGUCGGGCAGUUCCUUUGGCUCUCGGUCUGCUCUGCAUUUCAAAUCCAAAGGUCACUGUGAUGGACACACUAAGCAGGCUGAGCCAUGAUACUGAUUCAGAAGUAGCGAUGGCGGCAGUAAUUUCGUUAGGUGUGAUAGGGGCAGGGACCAACAACGCCAGAAUAGCUGCCAUGCUUCGUAAUCUUUCUAGUUAUUACUACAAGGAUGCCAGCCUUCUCUUCUGUGUCCGAAUUGCCCAAGGUCUAGUUCAUUUGGGAAAGGGUUUAUUGACUCUAAAUCCAUAUCAUUCUGACCGCUUCUUAUUAUCACCGGCAGCACUUGGUGGAAUCAUAAUUAUGCUGCAUGCAUGUCUGGAUAUGAAAGCCAUCAUUUUAGGGAAAUAUCAUUAUGUUCUCUACUUUCUGAUAUUGGCAAUGCAGCCGAGAAUGUUGCUGACUGUGGACGAGAACCUAAAGCCGCUGUCUGUCCCUGUUCGGGUGGGCCAAGCCGUGGAUGUUGUUGGCCAGGCUGGUCGUCCCAAAACAAUUACUGGCUUCCAGACCCAUUCGACACCAGUUCUUUUGGCAGCUGGUGAUAGGGCGGAGCUGGCGACUGAAAAGUAUAUUCCCCUUUCCCCAAUCCUGGAAGGGUUCGUCAUUUUAAAAGAGAAUCCGGACUACCGUGAAGAGUAGAAAUGCCAACACUAGCAUCAGCUUGGCAGUGAGGUUUGAAUUCGGAUAAUGGUAGCACAUUGGUAGGAGUUAGAUGAAUGAACAUUUCAAAUGCCUUUGUGAUGAGAAGAUAUGCAAAUUACGUUGGGGAUAUUAUUGAAUAUCAUGUUGUUUUUGUAACUUCAAAUGUCGGCCCAGUGCUCUUGUAACUUGAUCUCAGUAACUGAAUAUAAACGUGGUUACUGCUAAUCAGUUACUUCUGAGUUCUGCAGACUAAAAUAGACGAGUGUCAAUGUAAGACUACACGUUUGUCUGAUUCCCUAAAUCAUGGGGCAGUGAGGUCCAGUUGACGACUCUUUAAAUUUAAA